AAACUCCCUGCUAAGCACAGUCAGCACUGAAGGCUGAGAGGAAACAGACAUAACGGAAAAUGAAUCCUCACAUGAACGCGCUCUUAUAGUUGCCCUCCUCAGUCAGAACCUCCACAAAAGACGGAGAAAAGGAUUCCCGACAGGUUUUUGUUGGGAAUCUAUCAUGUCUCUGGCUGGACUGACAUGGCAAAAGUAUUACAAUGCAUGUUCAUCUCCCUCAUCCUCAUCAUCUUAAUCCUCUUCUACACUCUGAGCACACCCAGGACAGUCAGGUCCAUCCCACAGCCCCGCCCGGCUCCAAAAACAUGCCCCUUCAGGAUCUCUGAUGACACCAUCACCCCCCUCAGCAAUACCAAGCACUUACUGGUGUCAGCCUUCAUGGACCAGAGAGUGAAGGGCUUUGACAUUCGCAUCAUUGGAAUAUUUAGGAGAGACUCCAUCCAACCUCUUUACUGUGUUUUCUGCUGUUCAGGCCAUUUAUCAACUACAACUCGAACAAUAAUUUUACAACACACAGACAACUUUGGUUUUCCCUUCACCACGACGGAUGUCAUGUGUCCAAUUCCUCAAAACUGCAAGGCUACACAUGUUAGUCUUCAGACUCAGCAAGACAGAGUGGAGGUAUUUAACCAAACUUGGCUUCCCAUAAGAAACCAGAAGGGGAACGAGGAGAAGAAGUUGCAGUUUGACUUCACAGUUUGUGUGUCCACUCUGUUUGGAGAAUACAACAAUGUGCUUCAGGUUGCACAGACCCUGGAGAUGUACAGGUUGCUGGGUGUGGACAGAGUGGUGAUCUAUAACACCAGCUGUGGCCCAGACCUCGAGCGCCUGCUGCAGGGCUACAGCCAGGAGGGCUUUGUGGAGAUGGUUCCUUGGCCAAUCGACAAGCAUCUGAAUCCAUCUCGUGGCUGGCUCUUCUCACAGAGUGGGGGGGACGUGCACUACUUUGGUCAGCUAACCACGCUUAAUGAGUGCAUUUACAGAUCCAUGGACCGCUCCCGAUACGUCCUGUUGAAUGAUAUUGAUGAGAUUAUAAUGCCGUACCACCACAACAACCUAAAAGUCCUCAUGGAAACACUCCAACAGCAGCAUCCAAAUACAGGGGUGUUCCUCAUUGAGAACCAUGUCUUCCGCAAGGAGCAGUUUGAGCCAAAUGGGAAAUUUCAUCUUCCUCAGUGGAACGGGGUGCCUGGAGUUAAUAUUCUGGAGCACAUCUACAAGGAGGAGCCUCUAAGAAAUGAAUACCACCGGUACAAGAUGAUAAUUCAGCCAAGGAUGGUGGAACAGACUUCAGUGCACGAGCCGCUCAUGAAUUUUGGAGAACGUUACAAAGUUCCACUGGAGAUUUGUCGAAUAAUUCAUGUCCGUGCCUCUAUGCAGCCAUGGUUGCGGCUGGGGCAGCUCAUUGAAGACAAACGACUGUGGGACUUCAGUGACAAACUGAUUCCCAAAGUGGACAAAGCGUUGGAGAGAGCAGUAGUGCUGAGCUCAGAGGGGAAGAUGGACACGCACACCCAACAGGUUAAAUCUGAUGAUGAAUAUACAUCUUCAUCGGCAGGGACAUUUAAUGACAUCAUCCGCGCAGUGAAUAUAAGUGUCAUCGCCAUUUUUUAUUUGUUGUAUAUCGUUUUCUGAAAUGUCGCCGUAUUCUGCAACUAAUGGCAGCCAUACUCACUGCCCUCGACAACAAUAGUCAUAAUGCUGACAGAUUUUUUUGUUACAUGUGCCAAACAAAACAAUUUGUGUUUUACUCCAAAUUUGAAAAAAUAUGUCAAAUGUGCAGGUCAGUAAUUCAGCAGGCCAUAUGAUAAUUAGCUCAGUAACUUUUUUCUUAACAAAGCAGACAGAUUGAGAUCUUGUAUGCAGUUAGAUGCUGCUGAUCUAUCUUGCAACACGGUUUACAAUAUUAUAUGGGCUAAACCAUGUUUACCUUUUGAUGAGGACAAGGUUGGGGAGAUGUUGCCAUUUCUUUUACGUGAAACAUAGAUAAACUGGACAGACACUUAUGCUUUCCAAUGCAGUGUUUCAUAUCUGUAAUAGUUGAAAAUCAGUGUUACUUCUCCAGACUUUUGGAAAGAGUAAAAUCAAAACUUUGCCCGAAUGUGGAAAAGUAGGUUUUAUUUGCUCACAUUGUAGAUAUUCUAACCUUGCUGAACAAGCUAAUUAGGAAGAUAUUUUUUUUAGAAAAAUGCUAAAACUAUUUUAGGAAAAUAGUCUGCUUACAUCAGCACAGCGUGCUCAUAAACCAGGACACUCUGCUAGCGCUGUAUUAGUACAUAUGAUCAACGGUUGAUACAUAUGGAUGGCAGGAAACUAGUUGGAGCUGUGCUGUUGGACUUCACUGCAGCACGUCACUAAGCUCAAAUAUUAGAGCUUCUCACUAUCAGCUCUUGCCCGCAUAAAGAGUUACGUCUCUGGUAGAGCUCUGGCAGUUCUAAGCAGAAGAGUUCAUGCUAAACCUGAGCACUUUUGUAUAUUUGUUUUGUUUUCUCGAACUGUGACUUUUAUUUUCCUUUUUAUUUUUGACUAUUUUUGUUGCUAAUCCAGACAAUAGAAGUUCUUCAACUGUGAGUUCACGGAAUUUUCUCUGGGGACUUUUUCUACUGGAACUAGUCAUGUCUAAAACAACCUCCUCCUGACCAUACAAUCUAUUUGUGAAAUGUGAUGGCAGUCAAGAUGUGGUGCACAAAAUCAAAAUAAUUAACUAAAAAGGUGGUGAAACACUGUAGAGCUGAGUGAAAUUCUGUAUACUGCAUAAAUUAUUGCAGAAAAUAGUGUUCCAGAUACAAGUGUGAUUGACAUUGUCAGGUCGAGGUCAGAACCUUGUGAUUUCACUUCAGGCUAACGGCUCAAAGAUAUUAAUAGCUCAUUGUGUGAGAGCCUAGUCAGACAAGAAUGAGGAUUUCCUGUUUGUAUCUUCAUGGGGGAGGAAUCAGUGACCUACCUCUAGGCACAUUUUCAUGAAUGUGUUUGGGUUUUUUUUUAACUGUCUUUUUAAAAAUAUUUUAUAAAUUGCCGGGCUCAUUGUUACAUAAUAAGAGGGUCAUGUUUCCAGCUUAAAAAAUUUUCUUGCUUAGAAUGAAUUCAUGCUUCCCACUGAGAACGUAAAUCUUUAGUAGGGUGAUGAGCAGGUGAAGCCAAUCAGUGCGGAGCAUCCUGGAAGUUAUAAUAAAAGUGGCGGGAAAAUAAGCGAAGACACUAAGUGGACAACAAGACAGGACAAGGGAAUACAACAAUAAAACAGGACACAGAAAACAGAAUAAACUGUGAAUGUGAACAUGGCCA